UGAGGAUCGAUAAUAAAAUUCAAAGAAAAUGUAUUCAAUUAAAGUGGACAAAACGCUGCAGCAAUUUACAAAAAUCUUUUACCAAAUUGGAAUAUGGCAAAAUGACGAAGAACCAAAUUACCGGAAAAUUGGCAAGAAAAUAUUCUACACUUCGUUCGGCGCUUUGUUACCAAUUUUUUAUGUGACAAAUGUUUUUCUAUGUGACGAUCGAAAUGAAUCGAUUUUUUCGGUUCAGGCUGUAAUUAUGACGACGGUUAUAUACGUCAAAUCUUUGUACCUUCUCUUCAAGAAACCUGAAAUCCUGGCUUUCUUAAAUGAUCAGAUCGUGGUCCACUCAAUCGAAAAUCGUGAAGAAUAUGAGCGAGCGAACAAAAAGAUAAAAAAAUUUAUCGGAUUUGUGCGGCCCUAUUUUCUCUCAAUAUCUAUAACUGCUGCCCUGCUCAUUCUUAUAAAACUGCCGACAUUCUCAACCGAUAAAGGAUUGCCAGUUUUCAUUAGCUUUUCGUGGAAUAAUUCAGAAAUGGUUUAUUGGUUGGCGUACUUGUUCGUAUCGUUGUCAGUAGUGUUGUACAGCGUUGUAAACUAUAUUACUGCACUAAUUUGGUACAUAAUGUUGAAUUAUUCCAUCGAGUACGAAUUGCUGGGAAAUAAAUUGAAAAACGUGGGGGGACCAACGGUAACAACAAUAAAAAAUCAGGAUAAAAACGAAAAACAAAAGAAAAACAGGGAACAGGAGCUGAGCGAGAAAACCUUCAAUUCGGUACCACAAAGUAACAAAUUUGUGGAAAAUUUAAUCAUUGUGGUUAAAUCACACCGAAACAUGAUCGAAACAGUCCAGCGAUUUAGAUCCUGUUUUUCAACAUUAUUUAUGGCCCAAAUCAUAACCAGUGGCAUUAUUAUUUGUGUUGCAGUUUACAGUUUAGGCUUUGCGUCCAACCAAAAUAUUGUUCAGACAGAAAUGUAUUGUUGCAUCUUGUGCUAUGGAAUUUUUGAUAUUUUUAUGGUUAUGUACCUGGCAAACGACAUUACCGAUGCGAGUGACCGAUUAUCUUACUGCUUAUUUCAGUCAAAUUGGAUUGAGCAAACUGAAUCAUGUAAGAAAUAUGUUCUGAUCAUGGGCGAAGUGUUGAAGCAACCACAACAGUUGGUGGUCUUGAUAUAUCCAAUGAACUUGGAAACUUUUAUGCGGAUUAUUAAAGGAGCCUACAGCAUGUUCAACAUAUUGAAACAGUUUCAGUGAAGAAUUGAAAAU